UAAUUUUCAAUUACAAUGGAAGGAGGUCGCGGAGGUGCAUCAUCUCGAGCUCGGAAGGAAAAGGAAAUAAUGAAUCCUCGGGAGGAGGAUCCCAAUAUUCAAUCUACCGAUGAUGAGAUUGAGCAUCUUCUGAAUCCGACAUCCGAAACACAAGGAAGUACCGAUGCAAUUAUUUCUAAGAAUUCAUAUGUUCUUUGUAAAGUCUUCCAAAAAAGUGGUUCUGGCCCUAGAAUUGGGGAGCAGUAUGGUGCACCUUUCAAUGAAGAGGAUUGGGAGGACUCAAUUGACGGGCAUUCCUUUCUUCUUCCUUGUGUAAAUUGUUUGAGCCCAGAAUCACUAGACAACCAAUAUGGACUAUUGGAUCACAUUUCUGAGCAACCUGCGCCUUUUGGUGUGAUUGGGAUGCCCUCUGAUCCUGACCUUAGUGAAUUCGGUGGAAUAUUGCUGGAGGAAUUGGAACAGUUUCCCAGUGCAUGCCCGCUCAGAGAGGAUAUCUGUGGACAGAUUAUUGAUUCAGCCAUUCCUAUCAAUGAUAUUAAUUAUUCUUCUGAAGUGGACCAGGAUCAACUAUUUAAUGAAUUAGAAAUUCUCACUGCUGAAGCAUUGAUCCACGGCAACAUUGAUAAUGCUGAAAACAUUCCGUCUGAAAUUAUGUUGCAUCCUACAAUAACUGAACUGGAUACUGACCAAUAUGUGGAGCUGAAUGAUUUAUGUUUUAUUUGGGAUAGCAAUCCCCCUGAAUAUGUUGCACCACCUUCAUAGAGUUUGGAGGCUUCAACUACUGGACAAAGAGGGUGGUGUUUGGUAUGCCUUUACAGGGACCAGAUUCUGGUUGAAGUUGUACCUGUACAAGAUCUAUUCUUGAAAUAUUAUAGCGUUGCAACGAACCUGAAGAUUUGUCAUCCAUUGCUGAAAAUCCUGCCCAUACUGUUCUUGUGAACAUGUCAUAUAUUAUCUGUAGUUAAAUUAUGUGUUUGUGAAUCAUGCCUGGCUUGUACUACAUUGUAAAAGAUCCAAUAUUAUUCAGUUCCUAAGCUGUUUUAAAAACUAGGAUGCGGUUGGUAUAUUUGUUGAUUGA